AUGAUCCUGGACCAUGAGCUGACACCCACCACCACUCCUCUGUAUAGAUUCAAUGGAGAUAGUAUCACUCCGAGAGAAAAAAUAACACUGGCGAUAGAGAUGGGAGAGUCCCCCCAAACCACAGUGAACUUAAUGAAAUUCCUUAUUGUUGAUAGUCGGUCGGCUUAUCAUGGAGUGCUGGGAAGACCGGCCCUGAAAGAGUUAGGAGCUGUCACCUCCAUCCACCAUUUAUGCAUAAAACUCCCAACUGAGAAUGGGGUGAUAACAGUGAAAGGUGACCAAAGAGGGUCCAGGGAAUGCUAUCAUCCUGACUGUUGUGGACAUGACAGAAGUCCCAAGCGAGGCCCCCUCGAACGAAAAGAUGUUGACAUGAUCAACGCACCUCCCGAGCAGGAAGAACUAUCCAUGAUCAAUGAGAUCAAUCUCCUUGUGAUUGAACACGAACCCCAAACACAACUCCUGUUGAGGAGCUCGAAAGCUUCCCGAUCGACCCCCGGGACCCCACGAAGGCAUAAGGACAUAGUGUGCAUAGACUCCAAGGUCAGCUGUCACUACCUAAAAAUAGAUCAUAAGGUUUCCCCACAUCGACAGAAGAGAAGAGCCUUCAACCCAGAAAGGUAUGAGGCUUCGAAGGAAGAAGUUCAGAAGCUAAUCAAGAAUGGAUUCAUCAGAAAGGCCUUCUACCCAAAGUGGGUCUCCAACCCGGUGCUAAUGAAGAAGCACAACGAUAAAUGGAGGGUAUGUAUUGACAUUACGAAUCUUAACAAGGCAUGCCCUAAAGACAGCUUCCCACUUUCGAGAAUCGAUCAAUUAGUAGACUCAACCACUAGGCAUGAGCUCCUAAGUUUCAUGGACCCCUACUUAGGUUAA